AGUAAAAGCCGCCUCAAAGUAUUUCCUCUUGUCUCAAACCAUAGCUGAGUCUGGCCAUCUUCGACCCGCUAACACUAUUACAAGCAAGCUUACGAGUACGUCGCAAUAAAGUCAACACCGCGAUUCGCGACACAGAUCACGAUUUCAUGUAAACAAGUCUAAUGAUAAGCGAACGCCGCGUCGAACAGUCGUGCGCGCCCGCCCGCCCAACCCGCGUGUCUCUUGGACGUUCGACAACAUUAUUUCAUAUCACCAGGCAACGAACUCGCUCAGCAGAACGUCACUAUUAAUGGAUAAGCUGUGGGCAGAGCGGAGUCAGCCGAGUGCGGUUCAUUGGGAGGGCCGCAAACAAGGCAGUAUGGAGCAUUAUUGGAAAAAUUGGCAUUCUGGACCAACUCCGAAGACUUUUAAUGGGGCAAUUCUGCCUGCCCAGAGGCAGGUCUUACUUCCCCAAGCGCGUACGGGAGCAAGCCACGCGUGGGCAGAGAACAACAACGCCUGGAGCGCGGCUUUGGGUGCUAUGGGAGGCGCUGGAACAGUUCUGAUCAUAGCAGCUUUGCUGUUCAUGUUUAAGAGGCCAAAGAAGAUGGAGCCUCCACUCCUUGCGCCGAUGGACGUAGGACAAAAUGAAAUGCUGAUAUCGAAAGAGCAAUGCCGUGUACAACCGCUAAGCGAGACCCGUACGGCAUCCUCUUUACCACACGCCAGGCUUGCGAGGACCCCUUCCAUAUCGUCCCAGAGCAGUCUAGAUAGCGGUACCUCUAGAGCUACAAGUCACCGUGGUUCAUCACCCGCAAUCCGCACCUUCGCUCCGGAUGGCAGAACGCUGGAAGCUGGCGUUACUGGCAUACCACGUUCGCCUUCGCCACUUCGGGCAGCCUCGUUAGACGUGAGAGCAGCGCCCAUGGCACACGGGUCCCUGGCGUCGCUGGCUGAUUCCCCCGCACCUCCUAGUCCAAGGCACGCACCCCCACGAUGUCUCUCCCCAUUGUUGAUGCCACCAAGAAGAAUAGACAGAAGCAAUUCCUUAGUAGAAAACAGUAGCGGAGUCCCACUAAGUCCGGGAGCUGGCGCCGCUAUCAGCGCUCUCGGAGCCCUACAGCCAGACCUUUACACUAAGAGAGAAGCACCUCUGGUCAUCGAGCUAGAGGGCGCCGGGCCCUCGCUUGGCAGGAUCCAUCUGCGCCUCAAAUACGACUUCGAUAGAUCCGAUCUGGAAGUGCAUUUAAUUGAAGCCCACGACCUGGCCGGCUACGAAGCGGGGGGUUUCAACGACCCCUAUGUGCGAGUGAGUCUGUUGCCCGAAGUGGACACCCGCGUGAGGCAGACGCCGGUGCACAGAAACGAGGCGAACCCCUUCUUCGACCAGCACUUCAAGUUCCCCGUAUCGCACGAUGAGCUUACUGACAAGACGCUAUUGCUUCAAGUGUUCGAUUAUGACAGAUUCUCUCGCAACGAAGUAAUGGGUUCUGCCAAGGUACCUCUGUCUCGCGUUGAAGUGGCCGGUGGUGCAGAGGUCUGGGCAGAGCUAUCCCGGGAACGACGACCGCCAGAGGAGUUGCAAGAAUUGUUACUCUCUCUCUCCUACUUGCCUUCAGCGGAACGGCUGACUGUCGUGGUCUUGAAGGCGAGGAAUUUGUUGCCGCCACAAGAAGGAAAGGAUGCUUUGGAUGUGUAUGUGAAAGUGUACUUGCUAGUGAACGGGAAACGCGUCAAGAAGAAGAAGACCAACAGGAAAGAGAUCAACAACCCGGUGUGGAACGAGGCGCUCUCUUUCAGUCUACCCUCGUCUAAUUUACAUGAGGCUUCCAUUGAGGUGUGCGUGGUGACGGGCGGCAGCAGCGCGCUGGUGGUGGGCUGGUGCUGCGUGGGCGCGGCCGAGCCGGCGGCGGAGGGCCGUCACUGGGCACAGAUGGCGCAGGAGACGCGCAAGGCCGUCGCCAUGUGGCACACGCUCAGAUAGAUCCCGCCGAUAGCGCACACGGGACUGACCGCUUCAACUGCAUAGCAAACUAUAGUAUUAUGUUCUAAGAUCCCGCAUUACAACAACCUUCACGUCGCAAUGUGGCCCAAGCUCAGAUAGAUCCCGCCGAUAAUAUUUACCAACUGCGCGAGCAAACUAGGAAUGAUCUAAGAUCCCGUAUUACAACAAAUUACAACAACCUUCACGUCGCCAUGUGGCACACGCUCAGAAAGAUCCCGCCGAUAAUAUUAGCGCACACGGGACCGAGCGCUUCAACUGAGCAGAGCAAACUAGGUAUACUGUCUAAAAUCCCGUAUUAUAUCCCGUAUCCCGUACAAUACCUUCACAUCGCCAUGUGGCACACGCUCUAAUAUUUUAGAACCCACGUAUCAUCAUGGCAUUACGCUGCGACUACAUAGCAAACUAUGUAACAUACUUACAUAGUUUUAUGGCCUAGAUCCCGUAUUACAACCUUAACCCAUCUGUUAACCAAAUAAAAGGUCGUCGUCAUCAUCGCCAUCAAUCGAUAGUCAUCCACUGCUGGACAUACGCAAGGCUAUUGUAGGGAAUCCCACACGCUGCGGUCUUGCACCGCCUGGGCGACUCUCUGCCACUCGUUUGACGUCGUCUAUCCAAUUACUUAGGUUUACUGAAAACAUCUCCAAUUUAACACCCACCCCUUAGAGCUCGCACAAAAUUAUAACGGCUCCACCGCAACACAUUUUUUUUUCUCUCUCCUCUGGCUUUGCAAAGAUUAGCCAAUGUCAAGUUUGUAGUUAUUUGUAACACAAGUUUGUUAAACUAUACAA